AUGCUCGAACUCGUCCGCAAAGUUCGGGGAGCUACGUAUGCGUCGCAUGCGCCGCCGCCGCGCCUGGCGGAGGCCUUCCCGUUCUUGUGGCAUCUCCGCAAUGGGCGUGAAGGCCUGUGCCUCAUAGUAGGUACCAUGGACGUCGGCGACUAUAAAGACGUCGAGAAAAUCAUCACUGACUUUGUGACUUUGUAUUCGGUACUUUUCGCCAACAAGAAUUAUUUCAGCCUGGGACAUGGCGGCGUGAUGCUGUCGUGA